ACCUCUACCACGACUAGUACUACCAGGGAGGGGCCGAGGGGGGACUCAGUCACAGCGAAGAAGGGUUUGUCCUGUCGGCCUUCGCUGCCACCUCCCCUACCCCCGCCACCGCGCCGACUUCACGCCGGGGACUCCCUCCCCGCCGCCGCCAACCGCCCGCGGGUAACGUGCAGGUCGGCGACGCCCUCGCCGGACCCCCGAGGGAGGCGGACUCCCGGGCUCGUGAGCCCUGCCUGCAGGGCUGCUGCCGCCGCCGCCGCCGCCGCCGGAUCGCUGGCACGGCCGCCCCGAUCCGCGAGGACACGAGCCGCCGUCGGCGGAUUUGCUACAAGUUCUUCAGCGGUGCGGAAACCGUUCUGCUAACAAGUUCCAUCGCGGCCAGAAGAUACUGACAGCCCCCAUGGCAAAGCCCGGCAUUCUAGGCCGGAGCAGCAGCAUGCCAAGAUCAAAUGAAGGCAUGAGGCUUGUAUUCUCAGCAGUUAUCGGUAUUAUGCUAGGCUACUUGUUUGGGAUAUCCUUCCCUACAGUCAAUAUAACCAAGCUUCAUUUCCCUUCCAGUAUUGUUUCCUAUAUUGAAGAUAGAAACUCCGGAAUCACAACCCAAACAUUGUUGAACCAUGCAUGGACAUCUGCAAACAGUCACAAGAAGAACAAUUCUGAUUCCAAGUCUGAUGAAAUUCCUAAGAUUUAUGUUACCUCAAACCCUAAAGGUGCUGAAAGGCUCCCACCAGGUAUUGUCGUAUCUGAAACAGACCUCUAUCCGCGAAGAUUGUGGGGUGAACCUAGUGAGGAUCUUACUAUCCAGCCAAAGUACCUUGUUACAUUUACUGUUGGAAUCGCGCAAAAGGCAAAUAUUGAUGCAGCAGUCAAAAAGUUCUCGGAGAACUUCACAAUUAUGUUGUUCCACUAUGAUGGUCGGACUACUGAAUGGGAUGAAUUUGAGUGGUCAAAAAGGGCCAUCCAUGUGAGUGUUAGCAAGCAAACUAAGUGGUGGUAUGCCAAGAGAUUUUUACAUCCUGAUGUCGUUGCCCGGUAUGACUACAUAUUUAUCUGGGAUGAGGAUCUAGGUGUUCAACAUUUCAAUGCAGAGGAGUACAUCAAGCUUGUUAGGAAGCAUGGGCUGGAGAUCUCUCAACCUGGUUUGGAACCUGAUAGAGGUCUGACAUGGCAAAUGACUAAGCGGCGUGGUGAUCGAGAAGUUCACAAAGUAACUGAGGAGAGGCCAGGCUGGUGUUCCGACCCCCAUCUGCCACCGUGUGCAGCAUUUGUAGAAAUUAUGGCAACUGUGUUCUCUAGGGAUGCAUGGCGCUGUGUAUGGCAUAUGAUUCAGGUGGGGUGUCAUUUAGAUCUCUUAGUUAGUCAUCUUGUUUGGAGCUGUAUGCUUACACUUCUUCACUAUUUUCUGCAGAACGACUUGAUCCAUGGAUGGGGUCUCGAUUUUGCUCUUAGGAAAUGUGUGGAGCCGGCUCAUGAGAAAAUUGGAGUUGUUGAUGCUCAGUGGAUUGUUCAUCAGGGUGUUCCAUCACUUGGCAACCAGGGCAAGUCGGAGAAUGGAAGAGCACCAUGGGAAGGGGUAAGAGGACGGUGUAGAAAAGAGUGGGGGAUAUUCCAGGCAAGGCUGGCCGAUGCCGAGAAGAAGUAUUACUUGGAUCAAGGCAUCACGCCGCCAAAUUCGACUUCAGUCUAGACGAAAUCACACGGUGCACAGGAACCAUAUUAGGUUUCUGUUGAGGAAACCUGGCCCUUACGUGCUCAGUAUUGUUCAUGAAAAUAGCAGCUGCCUACUAGUAUAGCUGAAGCUCCCGGGCCAGAUCUGUACAUGGGUUACCCACUUACCACGACGACCAUCAAGAGCAUGUUGCAGAGAGAGACGCAUGCUAAUAAUCAGACUUGUGCACUAGUAAAUUAUUGUACCGAUGCCACUUAUGGUGGAUGCAGAAUAUGAGUUAGAAGUACAUCUUAUUUA